AUGGCACCACAACCUACAGUGCUUGUCCUCGGAGGCGUUGGCUUCAUUGGCCGGAACUUUGUCGCGCACCUGGUCGAGAACGGAUUGGCGGCGGAUAUCCGAGUGGUCGACAAGGCUCUUCCCCAGACAGCUUACUUCAAUGACCGGUUUAAGGCCGCCUUUGAGAAGGUUGAUUUCCUCCAGGGCGACCUCUCCAACACCAUUCCUCCUGAAAAGUUUGAAAAGAUGUACACCCGCGCGGAUGGCUCCUCCUUCGACUAUGUGAUCAACUUUGCCUCAGAAACACGAUUCUCCCAGCCUCCAGAGCUGUAUGAGGAACGUGUCUACAAGCUGUCGAUUAACUGUGCAAAGCAGGCGGUCGAGAAGGGGUGCAAGGUCUUUGUCCAACUAUCCACAGCCGAUGUCUACAAGAGCGGCAAUACACCUAGCACGGAGACGUCCGAGACGCAACCCUGGAACGAUCUGGCCAAGUACAAGUUGAAAGUCGAUGAGGAGCUCCAGAACAUGCCUGGGCUGAACCUGGUGAUCCUCCGCCCUGCGGUUGUCUAUGGCAUCGGGGCAAUGACUGGUCUUACACCCCGAUUGAUCUGCGGAAGGGUGUACAAGCACAACAAGAGCAAGAUGGAGUUUUUGUGGACAGGAGGCCUGAAGCUGAACACGGUCCACGUACAGGAUGUCGUCUCCGCCGUGUGGCAUUCGGCUAACUGGUAUGUCUCCUCCGACAAUGCGCAGCCCGGCUCUCCCGUCACCUUCAACCUUGCCGAUCAAAACGACACUGACCAAGAGGCAGUGAAUGCCCAUAUCAGGGGUAUCUUUGGAAUUGAGACUGGAUUCAAAGGAACAAUCUUCUCGAAUGCAGCCAUGGCAGCCUAUGGACAGAAGGAAACAGCAGAGGAAACAAAUGACAUGCACCUGGGACCAUGGGCCGAAAUCCUCAAGGGUCAAAAUAUCAAGACCUCCCCUCUCACCCCUUACCUCGACGCAGAUCUCCUGGCCGGAAACUCGCUCUCCCUUGACGGAUGCAAGAUCGCCAACUCGACAGGGUUCAAGUACGAGCACCCUAAAUUGACAGAACAGAGUCUGAGGGAGAUUAUUUCUGAUUUCCAGAACUUGGGUAUCUGGCCUCGGGACUAA